AUGAUUAAUAAUAUACAAGAAUUCUUAAGAAGAGUUGAUUAAUUUGGAGCAAACUAUAAGCCAAGCUAUGCUUAUGGUGAAGUGUAAUUCAAAACAUCUCUAGGAGGAUUACUUUCUAUUCUUUUAUAUGGUGCCAGCUUAUCUUACUUAAUUUAUGAAUUGAUUUUAUGGAGAUCAGGAUAAAUCUUACCAAAAGUAACAUCUAUGGCAACAGAAGUAGAGACUUAUACUUUAAAAUUCGAUUAAGUAGCUGUAGCUGAAUUCUGUCUUAGAAGACACAAAAGUAUUCUUAAUUAAAUAGAUCCUUUCGAACCUGAAAACAUGAUCUUGUUACCAAUGUUAUAUAAAGUUGUAGAGGAUGAACUCUAAAUCCCAUAACCUCUAUUGUCAAAGAAAUUAUCUUCAGAUCAUAACAUGAUUCUAAUUGAACUUAAAAAUAUUGAACUUGUUAAUAAUGAGCAUGAAGAACUGGAUUAAAAAAAUAUAGAAUAUACAAUAAUGUUUGAAGAAUGUGAUCAAACUGUUUUGCCAGAGGGAUGGAAUUGUGCUAAGGAAGAGAGAGUUAAAGAGUUUUUCAGUUAGAAAUAAAAUCAACUUUUCAUUAGAACAUUUGUCAAUUAAUAUAAUACAUCCACUAAACAAUUAGAAUUGAUUGAAUAAGAUUAUUAUGCUUCUUUUGAUAAUAAAACAACAUAUUUCAGUUAAAUGUCUUUUGGAACAUCAAAUGUUUCAGUAGACACUGGCUUCUUAUUUGAAAGUAUUGAAACACAUGAAUUCCCAAGUCAAAUCAUUUCAUAUAUCCAACAAAUGGAUUUAGAUUAUUUUACUCAUACAUUUGAAAAGAAUGUCUUCAUUGUAUUUGAAUUUGAACUUGGAACACUUUAGUAAACUAUUUUCAUUGAAUAUCCAAAAGUUUCAGAAGUAUUGGCAAAUAUAGGAUCAAUAAUAUCUUUCUUCUUAUUCUUUUCAAAUGUUGCUUAUAUGAUAAAUGAAAAAACAUUAGAAGAUAGAGUAAUAAGAGCAGUUAUAGAAAUGUAUUAUCCUUAAUUUAAGAAUAUUAAGUUUAUUUAAAAUUGGUAUUCUAAAAUAAUAGGAGUAAAAUAUUAAGAUAAAUCUAUCCCAUUUAAUAAAUUUAUGCAAAAAUAUCAUGAUCUAACUGAAAUUGCUAGAUAAAAAUUAUGUUUAACUAAUUCUUUAUAUGAAAUCUCAAGAUUAUAGUUUAUUUUACGUUCUAAUUUUGAUUCUGAAAUUUUGAGUUAAAGUCACAGUAUAGGAAUCAAAUUAAAUAUAUUGGAUACAUCUCCUGAUCCAGAAGAGAAAUCAGAAAUUUAAUAAAUCAAUAAUAAUAAAGUACAUGAUUUUCAAGUAGAAAAUGUAGAUGAUUAAUCACUUGAAGAAAUUAGAGUACAACCUUAAAAUAAUGUAAAUUAAAUUAUUAUUUUUUUAGAAUCAUCAUGCAACACUUGAUAUUAAUGUAAAUAGUGUAAUAAAUAUUGAGUAGCUUUAAAAACCUUAAAGUCUCUUUAUUGGCUAAGCAAAUCUGUAAUUUUCGAAUAAUUAAUAAUAUGAUCAUUUAAAAUUAACUGAUGAAGAUUUUUAUAUCUUAAUGUAAAAUUAAUAAGAAAUUAAAUUUGAAAAUUCUAAAUAGUAAUCCACUAUUUAUUUACAAAAAAUAUCAGACAUAAAUAUUAAUGCAAAAUGA